CUAUUACCAGACAAGAUCUGGACCCAGUACAAGAUCAGUUUGUACAGAUUUUGCAAUCUUCGGCUUGUUUAUUAUACUAAUAUCUCAGGAGAAUCUCUCAACCCUAACCCUACUUAAUGCCUGCUCAGAUCUAACCUCGGAUAUAUCCCUUGUGCAGCAAAUCUCCUGCCAGACUGGGCUUAAAACCCAACAACCCUAAUGGCCAAUUUUCCCCAUACAAUGACUUUCCACCCAAAUAAUGAAUUUGACCUUGCGAAUUUCAGUUCUAUCUCAUUUCAACCCGACAAAGCUUACAAAAAUGAUCAGGAUUUCUAUAUUCAGGAGCGUUCAGCAAUUGGGUUUGGUAACCCCAGUUCAAGUAACUUUGGGAAGAAGGCAAGCGUACAACCCAGCAAACAGAUUAUUCACAAGAUGAUUGAAAGGCAGCGGCGGAAAGACAUGAAUUCUCUCUACUCGCAGCUAAGGUCACUACUUCCGGAAGAAAAUAUUCGGGGAAAGCGCUCAAUAACAGACCAACUGGAGGAAGCCGCUAAUUACACUCGUAAUCUAGAGCAGCAGAUCAAAGCUUUAAGAAAGGAAAGAGAGAAGAAGAACACUCGUGAAGCAUGCUUUAAGGAUGUUGAAAUAUCCAGGCCUGUUGAAUUCCAUGAAUCAGAUGAGGGCUUCCCAUCAGUUAAGAUAAUCUCACGCGGUUCAACCGCAUUUCAGGUACAUAUAAACUUGACCCAGAAUCAGAUUGCCUUGUCCGAUAUUCUUCUGGUCUUGGAAGAAUAUGGAGUUGAAGUUGUGAAUGCUGCUUCGUCUGUAACUAAUGAAAAAAUCUUCCAUACCCUAUAUGCCAAGGUACCAGACAAUAGCAUUACUAAUAUCGAGCCACUAUAUGUUAAACUUCAGCAUUUGAUCAGGAAAGCUUAAAGCAAGAUGUUUACGUUGUUCAAUCAUAAAUGAAUCUUUGCUUUCUGUAUUGUAAGUAGUUGACAUCUGUAGGUAUAAAAACCCUUGGAAGUGAAUAUCGUAGAGGGGGGAUUUCAAUUGAAAACAUUAAUAAGAUGAAGUGUAUGUACUUACCUAUUAAUAUUUUCUGUAUUGUUUGCCAAAUAAGUAAGGACAAACAUGUAUUAUUAUGCGUACGGUUUCUUUAAUG